AUGGACGAGGGCGGGUUGCUGAUGAAGGACAUCCAGCCAAGGGACAUGUCCGCCAAGAGGUUGCCGAAGGAUGAGGUGGAACUGAUACCAGCUGCGGAGGAAAUCGACGGCAUCCUUCUCGAUCAGAAGCUCCACAGGAUGGACGAGGGCGGUUUGCUGAUGAAGGAGUUGAAACCGAGGGAUAUGUCCAUGAAGAGGCUGUUGAAAAGUGAUAUGGAAGUGAUACCAGCUGUGGAAGAAACCGAAGAAACCGACUGUGAUAUAGAACCUAUAGAACCAUUAGAUUAUAAGAUGCCAUCCCCAGCUGGUUCCUUGAGGAAGACUUCUAGGAUACAUCAUACAGACUACCCGAAUUACAGCUUUAACUCCAUACCAUCGCAUCACAGCAGUCCGAGUUUCAGGAGGAACAAUAGCGUGCGAUCGCUGAAGAACUACCAACAUUUGAUUGGGGAUUUCUACCAGAAACCGCCGAGUUCUGAGUCCGGGAUCGUUUCGAAAUCUUCUGAUGCUGCUUCUUUGCGAUCCUGGUCGUCUGUGUGUAUGGGCUCGACUGAUGGUAAGAAGAUGAUUGUUAGAAGAGUACCCACGUCUCCAGUCGAAUUGUUCAAUAUCGUUAAUCCUCCAACGCCACCUGAAACUACUUGUAUGGUAGAAAAUGACAGCGAUGCCGAUAGCAUCGAUGAUGAAGAUAAUAGCGAUUAUGCGAAACCAAGGCGUCAGCAAUGGUCCAAUCAACUCCAGUUUGUACUCGCCUGUGUAGGGUACAGUGUAGGUCUUGGUUCAAUUUGGCGAUUCCCUUAUUUGUGCUACAAAAGCGGAGGAGCUGUAUUCUUGAUACCUUAUGCCAUUAUCAUGGUGUUUAUUGGAGGGCCGAUGCUCUAUAUGGAGUUAGCAGUUGGUCAGUUCACAGGAAGAGGACCUAUUGGAGCGUUAGGACACCUUUGCCCGUUGUUUAAAGGUACAGGAAUAGGAAGUGUGGUAAUAUCCUUCCUCCUCUCAACGUACUACAGUGUUAUCAUAGCGUACGCGAUCUUCUACUUUUUCACAUCGUUUAGAGUGAAGCAGCCUUGGGAGUUUUGCAAUCACAGAUGGAACACCGAAUAUUGCUGGGAUCGACAAAAGUUCCGAAUGAACAUGUCCAAGCCUCAAUUCACUCAUUCACCGGCGGAAGAGUUUUACGACACGAAGGUGUUGCAAAUAAGUACAGGCAUUUCGGACGUUCACACGCUGAGAUGGGAGCUGGUCGCUUGUCUAUUUUGCGCUUGGAUCCUCAUUUACUUCGCCAUAUGGAAGAGCAUAAAAUCGUCAGCGAAAGUUCGGUACUUCACGGCUACAUUCCCCUUCGUCAUCAUCGUUAUCCUAAUGAUCAAAUCGUUGACUUUGGAAGGAGCUGACGAGGGAAUGAGGUAUUUCUUCAAGCCCAAAUUCGAGUUGCUCCUCGAAGCGGAGGUUUGGGUCAAUGCAGCUAGUCAAACGUUCAACUCGAUGGGUUGCGCUUUCGGAUCUAUGAUCUGCUUCGCGAGUUACAACAAAUACAAUAACAGCAUUUUACCUGAGACCAUAGCAGUGUGGGUGGUAAAUAGCAUCACCAGCCUUGUCGUGGGAAUAUUCGCCUUUGCAACAAUAGGAAAUAUAGCAGCUGAACAAGGAACAUCGAUUGAAGAUGUCAUUGAUGACGGUCCAGGUUUGAUAUUUGUCGUCUAUCCUCAGGCAAUAGGAAAAAUGCCGGCUGCCCAACUGUGGGCCGUCUUCUUCUUCUUCAUGCUGAUAUGCCUUGCCUUGAACAGCCAAUUUGCAAUCGUCGAAGUCGUGGUCACAUCGCUCCAAGACGGAUUUCCCGGUUGGAUAAAGAGGAAUCUGGUGUGCCACGAAUUUUUGGUGUUGAUCAUCUGCGUGGUGUCCUUUAUAUGCGGCUUGCCCAACGUCACGCAGGGAGGAGGUAUUUACUUUUUCCAAUUGAUUGACCACUAUGCGGCGUCUAUCUCCAUAAUGUACCUAGCGUUUUUCGAAGUGAUAGCGAUCGCUUGGUUUUACGGAGCUUGGAAGUUGUGCAAAAACGUAAAGACUAUGACCGGAAGGCAUCCAGGAUACUUCAUUAAAUUCUGCUGGUUGGUAAUUACACCAUUAAUGCUUUUUGCGCUGUGGGUUCUCCUGAUUAUUGCUUACAAGCCGCCUACGUACAAUAAUAAGCAAUAUAAUUAUCCAACUUGGGCCAGAGUUGUGGGCUGGAUUAUCGCUUCUAUUUCCAUACUUUGUAUACCUAUAACUAUGGUUAUUGUGUUCCUACGAGCUCCAGGAGAUAGUUACGUCGAGAAAUUCAAGAAUAGCAUAAAAUCAGAUCUAAUGGAAAAGUGCCCGAAAUGUAGCGAAUUAGACUGUGAUUGCAUUAUAGGACACGACGAUGGUGAAUCGAUACUUGUAGUGAAACCUACCGCAGAUAUUCAUAACAUUCUUAAGGACAAAAAGGAGUCAGCGCCAUUUUUCCCCGUGAACAAUUCCACUUCGCCUGAAUUUAAAGAUGUCGAUGACGUUAAACUCAGUGAAACGCUAAGUGAAUACGACAAUAUAACAAAUUUGGAGAAUACGAAAAUCGAUCAAAAUCUGUCGUAG